AUUUACUAUCCGAAUCCUGUGUAAUGGUUUCGGAUCUGAUUCCGGUUGGGUUGGGGUUUCCGGCCCUGUCCGUGGCAACAAAAACCGACAUAACAUAAACCCUGAGCAGCUCUCAGGAAAAAAUGGAACCCAAAACCCUCACCUCACAUUGCAUUUCAAAAGAGAGGGUAUUCUCUGUUCCGAUUCUGUUUAUGAUUCUGAUUCUUUCUUUCACAGUGCUCUACCAGUACGAGGAAGCAAAGACGGUGUGGCGCGCGUGUUUGAAGGAAUGGUGCCAACCCAAAUAGCUUCUCUGUCUCGUUUUCACCUUCAUCAACGCAUGGGUACUAUCUUUCACUCCAUUUUCAAUCUUCCUCCUUUUGCUUCUUUCCAUUUCCCCAUACUUCACUCUACUUCUAUAACUAGUGCCACAAACCUUGAUGAUCAUGAUGAUGAUUGUGAGAGAAAUAGCAAAAGAAAUGACUUCAGGAACUCCUUGAGAGACAAGUGUAAGCUUGGUAAACUGAGUAAUGUUGGUGAAGCUUUGGACUUGUUUCAUUCUAUGGCUAUGAUGAAGCCUUUGCCAUCUGUGGUUGACUUCACUUUGUUGUUGGGUGUGAUUGUGAGGAUGAAGCAUUACACAACUGCGGUAUCUUUGGUUCAAUACAUGAAUUCUUCUUUGGGCAUAAAACCUGAUUGCUUUACUCUUAAUAUUGUGAUUAAUUGCCUUUGUCGAUUAAAGUUGACGCCUUUUGGGUUCUCUGUCUUUGCGACCAUGUUCAAGCUUGGAUUGGAGCCGCCUCUGUCGACUUUCACUGCUCUCAUUAAUGGGCUUUGCAUGCAAGGCGAUGUGGCUCGGGCAGUGGGGAUGGUUGAAAGUUUGAAAAAGAUGGGUUAUCAAUUGGAUGUUUACACUUAUGGAGUGUUGAUUAAUGGAUUGUGUAAGAUGGGUGACACUAAUGCGGCUAUUGGGUGGCUACACAAGAUGGAAGAAAGAGAUUGUAGAUCCAAUGUUGUAGUUCACAGCACAAUUAUUGAUAGUUUGUGCAAGGAUGGAUUGGUGUCUGAGGCUUUAAAUAUGUUCUCAGAAAUGUGCAGCAAAGGUAUUAAACCAAAUAUUGUCACAUACAGUUGUUUGAUUCAAGGUCUUUGCAAUUUUGGCAGAUGGAAAGAUGCUGCUUCCCUGCUGGAUGAGAUGAUGAAAGUGGGGAUGAUGCCCGAUUUGCAAACUCUCAACAUUUUAGUGGAUGCUUUCUGCAAAGAAGGAAAAAUUAUGCAGGCUAAGAGUGCAAUUGGAUUUAUGAUUUUGAUGGGUGAGCGGCCAGAUGCCUUUACCUAUAAUGCAUUGAUUGAUAGACAUUGUUUGCAAAAGGAAAUGAAUGAGGCCAUGAAAGUAUUUAACUUAAUGGUUACUAGGGGCUGUUUACCUGACAUUGUAACUUACACUUCACUUAUACAUGGAUGGUGUAUGAUGAAAAACAUAAAUAAGGUUAUGCAUCUUUUGAAUGAAAUGGUCAAUGCUGGAUUUGUUCCUGAUGUUGUCACUUGGACCACUCUUAUCGGUGGGUUUUGUCGAGUUGGUCGACCAUUGGCUGCAAAAGAACUCUUUUUUAGUAUGCACAAACAUGGCCAGAUGCCCAAUCUCCAGACUUGUGCUGUUAUAUUGGAUGGUCUAUGUAAAUCCCAGCUUCUUUCCGAGGCAACAUCGUUGUUUGAAUUAAUGGAGAAGAGUGGUUUGGAUCUUAACAUCGUGAUUUAUAAUAUUAUGCUUGAUGGAAUGUGGGCUGCUGGAGAAGUAAACGGGGCGUGGAAACUUUUUUCUUCUUUGCCUGCUAAAGGUCUGCAAAUUCAUUUGUAUACUUAUAACAUUAUGGUUAAAGGUCUCUGUAAACAAGGUUUAAUAGAUGAAGCUGAAGACUUACUUACUAACAUGGAAGAGAAUGGCUGCCCGCCAAACUACUCCACUUACAAUGUCUUUGUCCAAGGGUUACUAAUUAAAAAGGAUUCUUCAAGGUCCAUGAAAUACCUUCAAAUAAUGACAGACAAAGGCUUUUCAGUAGAUGCUACCACCACAGAAUUGAUUAUCAAUUACUUAUCCACUAAUCAAGGAGACAGUGCAUUUCGAGAUUUUUUGUUCCCAAAAAGAUAGCAUCUUACAGGAUUUUCAUUAGAAGUACAUUGAGUCUGGCCUCUUGAUUCAUCCAUGUAAAUAAUACUAGAAAAAAUUAAUACCAUUCAAGAGCUUCCAGCUGACAACUUGUGCAAUUAUGAAGUUGAUCCUUGACUUAGAUCCUCUUAAAAUACUCAAGAAUUUGGUUUUUCCCGUCACUUGUUGGGGAUGUUUGUUAAUAUAAUCAUUCUUUAGCUACCCAACAGUUAAAGUAGGAGUUGGUCAUUGACUCUUCUAAUGGCAAGUAUUUUGGCCCCCUACUUGCACUUUUUUGUACAAUAGAUCAACAGUAGCUUAGAUCAGAAUAUAUAGGAGUUGGGCAUUUAGAAAAGUACUUUCAUUGUGUUCCUAUAUCUAUGUUGUCUUACUUAAAUAUAAAGAAGGUUUAUGAUAAAGCAAGUUACAUUGGUUUGUAUAUGCUUUCUUUUCAUUGUAUUUUUUACAUGAAUGUAUUAAAAAUGAAAGUGACAAUAUUCAUUCCUUUAUAAAAGAUAAGCAAAGUUAUAUUGUUGGUAAGUAAUCAUUGACACUUUGACAGAGAUUCUGCCUAGGUAAAUGUUAUGUAUAGUUUAGUUGAAUGGAUUCCAUUAAUUUAGAAGAAUUAUAUGAGAUAUAAGCAGGCCUUAGGACUUGCCCUUUCCCUUGCAAUCAGUAAUGAAGGAGAUAAAUUUUAAGUGAGUAUUAACUCAUGAAAUUUAGCAAAAGAUUGUGUAAAAUUGGGUUGUAUAUUACUCUAUCAUCACAUUUUAUCAUAUCCUAUGCAAAGCACAAAAGUAGAUUUCAUGAAGUACCAUAGAAACUAAGCUGCCUCGUGGAAAGUACUAUUGUACAAUUCUAGUAUCCGCAUGUAUUCAGUCGCUUCAUCUUUUUUGUUCUGCAGCAACACUUGGAGCAGAUUGCAUGAUAUGUCCUCAUCCUUGUGUUUCUUAUGAUAGCCGUCUUAAUAGUUGCUCCUCAUAAAUUAUAUAAGAUGUAAGAUUUCGGAACAUGCUUAUAAAUUAAGCCUUAGUGUGCAACUUCCUCUAUCCAAUGUCCAUUUAGUUGACCUAAAAUUAUUCUAAGAACUAGCAAUUAUCUUGGACGAGAAUGCUCUAAUAAUCGGGGUUGUUUAGCUAACAAAAUUAAGCACUAGAAGUAUAAAGAUUAAUACAACUGAAAUAAAAAAGAUAAACGUGUUCGAUUAACAUUAAAUAUUUCAUUCACUCUCAGGCGAGUGUUAAAUUAGUUUAGUAGCAAAUGAUAUCAGCUCUCGAAUCUAAAGGUACAUAAUAUAUCGUCUAUUAGUACAAGAGUCAUUGAGCUGAUAAUACAACCUUGGGAAGUGAGCACUAAGCACC